AUGAUACGUCUAUUGAUAAUAUGUUUAACAUUAUAUACUUGUAAAAUUAGUACAUCAUCAACACAAUCAAUUACACGUAACUUUUCUAUUGUUGGUAAUGAUUUUAUGAAAGAUGGACAACCAUAUCGAAUCAUAGCUGGAAGUAUACACUACUGGCGUAGUUUGCCACAAGAUUGGAAAGAUCGGUUGACUUUGAUAAAAAAACUUGGUUGUAAUACAAUAACAACGUAUAUUUGGUGGGCAUUACACGAACCAGAAGAUGGCACAUUUGUAUUUGAUAAACCAGAAUAUGAUUUUAUAUCAUUUAUUCAAUUAGCACAGAGCUUAGAUUUGUUAGUUAUUGUUCGUGUUGGACCAUAUAUAACAGCUGAAGUUGAUUUAGGUGGAUUUCCGUAUUGGAUUAUGAAACGACAACAUAUUGCUAUACGUCGUCCGAAUGAAGUGUACUAUCAAUUAAUCGAUCGCUAUUUUGAUCAAUUAAUUCCACGUUUAACUCCAUUACAAUACCAUUUAGGUGGAAGUAUUAUUGAUUUUCAAGUAGAAGAUGAUUCUGACGUACCAUUUAUUAGCUUUGAUGAUACGCAUUCCUAUUAUGGAUAUUUACGUGACGGAUUAAUAAAGCGAGGAAUCAAAAGUUUAAUAAGUACGCUUGCUGCACCAAAUAUCAUAUCAUUAAGAAAAGCUAUCAUACCGAACACGUGGACGGCAUUGGAAUAUCAAAUACAGCAUUCAACACCAGAUGCAUUAGCCCUGUUACGAAAACAUGCAGCAGAUCAUAAUCCAUUCAUGGUUAUGGAAUACUAUCCGGGAUGGAUCGAUUAUGAAGGACAAUCACAUCAUACAAUAGAUAGUGAACAAUUUGCGAAAGGUGUCGAUAUUAUUUUCUCGCUUAAUGGAUCGGUUAAUUUUUAUAUGGUAUUUGGUGGAACAAAUUUUCAAUUUACCAAUGGUGGUGAUCGUGUACUAACAUACCAUUCAGUAAUAACAUCUUACGAUUAUGAUGCUAUGAUUAUAGAAUGUGGCGAUGCACAUCAAACUAAAUUUAAAGCUGUACGUGAUGUGAUUGGAAAAUAUGUUCCACUGCCACCAAUGCCGACACCAUUACCAUCACCCAAAGGUUUGUACGGAACAGUUCAGUUCAAUUCUCGCGCUGAAUUAAUUGAAAAUCUUCAUCCUUUCAAUGUCCUUCACAAUAUUGAUGUACCGAUUCAAUUUGAAUAUCUCAAUCAAAGUUACGGCUAUAUACUCUACUCCACACAGUUAACAGAAUUUACUGGCCCACCUGAGACUUUAUUAUUACCGUGGAUGCAGGAUCGAGCUGUUAUCUUAUUAGAUGGUUUGCUGCAAGGUAUUAUUGGAUGGACUGAAACAGAUCCGAUAGCAUUAAUUAAUUUGCAUCCGAUAAAGACGAGUCCCAACCCACGAUUAGAUAUUUUGGUUGAAAAUAAAGGACGCUGUUGCGGUGAAAUACCAGAUUUGGGAUGCAGCUUCAAGGGCAUGAAAGAUAAACCUUGGCUAGGCUUAAAACAAUUAGGCAACUGGACAAUAACCAAAUUACCAAUGGAUGAUCAGUUGAGUCAGCAAUCGACUACAUUUAAUUGGCAAACCAUACCCCCAGGAACUUCGGUAGUAUCACCGUCAUUCUAUCGAAGCACAUUUACAAUUAACAUGUCACAGCCGUUACAUUCGUUUCUUGGCACGGAUAAUUGGGGACACGGCUUUAUAACAAUCAACGGAUUUAAUCUUGGCCGAUAUAGUGAAAAGGGACCACAACGUACAAUGUAUAUACCAGCACACAUUUUAAAACAAGGUGCCAACGAAAUUUUGGUAUUUGAAAGUGAUAGACGACAACCAUCAUUCAGUAUGGGAGAAAGAAAUAUGACAUUCAUGGAUCAUCAACUUUGGACUAAUUAA